AUUUUGUUCAUAAAUUUUAAACAUAAUUUAUUCAUUGCGUUACUUUUAGCAUUAUUUAUUCUUAUGCUAAAUUCAAACAAUGUCUUUAUUCAAUGAGUCAUUAUAGAAUUUAGUACAAUUAUCAGAAUUAGAUUAAUUAAUAUUAAAUCUCCAAAUAAGAUCCCAAGAUUAAUUUAUUAUAUUGUUUCAGUAAUUUCAAGAAUUUUUUUAUUUUUAUUUAUUAUUAUAUAUUUAAGAUCAUUAGAUUUUACAAAAUCAGAUCAAUUUAAUUUUUUAAUUCAAAUAUUAUUUUUCUUAAAAAUUGGAAUUUUCCCAUUUCAUUUUUGAAUAAUUUAUUCAUAUGAAAUAAUAAAUUGAAAACAAAUUUUUUUAAUAUCAACAUUAAUUAAAUUCAUCCCAAUUUAUAUAUUUGUUUCAUUAACUUAUAUUAAUUUAUGAUCAUUAACAUAUUUAGUUAUAAGAAAUUUAUUUAUUGCAUUUUACACUAAUAAAUUUUAUUCAUUAAAAAAAUUAUUAGCAUGUUCAACAAUUUUUAAUUCAAUAUAUUUUAUUUUAUUAUUAAAUUUAAAUAAAACAGCAUUUAUUAUUUUUAUUAUUAUUUAUGUAAUUAAUUAUUAUAUAUUAAUUAGAUUUUUAAAUAAAUCUAAUAUUCAUAAUUUAAAUUAUUCAUUUGUAAAUGAAUAUCAAUUUUAUACAUUUAUAAUUCUAAUAAUUAAUUAUUCUAUAUUACCAAUUUUAUUAACUUUUGUAAUUAAAUGAAAUCUAAUUAAUAUAAUAGUCUCAUUAAAAACUUUUAAUUGAAUUCUAUUCAUUAUUCUAUUUUCAAGAAUAAUAAUAAUUUGAAAUUACUUAAUUAUUUUAAAAAAUUUAUUUAUAAAAAUAAAUUUUUAUAAAAAUAACUUUAUAAAUGAUAAAAAAUACUUUGCUUACAGUUUAUUUGCGUUAACACUUAUAAGUGCAAAUGUUUCAAUAUUUCUAAUAUUCAAUUUUAUAUAA